AUUUUCUCACCACCCAAGAGAAAAGAGUGAAGGAAAAUAAAAGGGAUAUCGAAUUUGCUUUGUAGCAUUUGUUUUUUCUUUGGAAGUAUCCUACUUUCAGCUGCUUCAAAUUUUAUUAUAUUAUUUCCCCUUUUUCUAUUAUUAUUUGCCCCCUCCCUUUUGCCUUUCGGUCCAAAAACUGUCUUCUUUAUCAACUGCUGAUAAAUUGAAGUUGCUUCUCUUCAUUCCUCACUGUUUGUUUCUGAGCCUUGUUCUUUCUUAGCUGCCAUGUCAUUCAGGGGACUAAGCCGGCCCAAUGCAACGUCAGGGAUGGGCGUUGCUGAUCACAGCAUAAACACAUUCUUGGAACUGAAGAGGAAGAAGGUCCACCGAUAUGUGGUGUUUAAAAUUGAUGAGAAGAAGAAAGAGGUUGUGGUUGAGAAAACUGGUGGCCCUGCUGAGAGCUAUGAGGAUUUCACUGCUUCUUUGCCAGAGAAUGAUUGCCGAUAUGCUGUAUAUGACUUUGAUUUUGUGACUUCUGAGAAUUGUCAGAAGAGCAAGAUCUUCUUCAUUGCAUGGUCUCCUUCAACAUCUCGAAUCCGAGCCAAGAUGCUCUAUGCCACAUCUAAAGACAGGUUCAGAAGGGAGCUGGAUGGUAUCCACUAUGAGAUUCAGGCAACUGACUCUACAGAGAUGGAUCUUGAAGUGCUCAGAGACCGUGCAAAUUGAGCUUCCUCUGCAAUUCAGAGGUUUCCACCUCAGGGGAGACAAAUCCGCCAUUGUUUUUCCAACUUCUGAAUUAUGCCUCUUCUAUUAAGCUACUUGCAGAAUCCUUUUCCAAACAAGAUAAACAACAUAUUCCCUAAAUAACUAGCACUGGAAGAGGCUGAUAAGAAGCUCCCGUACUCUUUGCUGCUGAUCAGAUAAGAGAAGUUUGUUGUUGGUUACUUGGAAGUUUAAAUAUGUUAUCAUAACAAUUUGCAGUAGAGACUCUUUUCUUUUUCUUCCUCCGCUUUUCCUUAUCUGUGUUCUUUGUGUUGCACAGAGGAAAAAAAUUGGACAGUUGAAAUGUUGAAAAUCAUGGAAGCCAAUAUAAGCCUAAGUAAUCUCCUAGUGUA